CAAUCACCGUCUCCGGUCAGAACUUUCCGAUUGGUCGUGUUUUUUUACAGUCCUGCCGCUGCCACAGAUGAGGGAUUGUUUUCGUUUCAGUGUCGGAUCAUUCAAUGUGUUCAUCGCUAUCGGUUUGUUAUGAGGGUUUCAAUUGAUGAACCUUGAUCGCAGUCCAAGUGCUUGGUUUUGUGUGCACCAAUCACCGCCCUGGAGCUUCACUGCGUUCAACGACUUCCCACGCUCCUCUCGUCUGCGUGUCGCCGCCUGUACACGACUGGUUUCUACUCCAGAGUCAGGAAGCAGCCGGGCCGAGAAAAGCGUGGGAGGACACUGUGGCGGUCAGCACAAGCAUCCCGGCGCCUUCAAGUGUCACGACUGCACAGACCUGCACGUCAACUGCAACAGAAGAGGAGACUUCCUACGAGACCCUCAGCUGUACGGUGAGAAAAUCCAGGCGAUGUUCGUGUGGGAUUUCAAGCCUGCGGCCGAGGCCUCGCUGCUCAGUUCACUUCCGUCGCUGAAGGUGGUUGCCAACGGAGGGGUGGGCAUCGACCACCUGGAUGUGCCGUACAUCAGCAGCCUCGGGGUGAAGGUGACCAACACGCCCAACGUGGUGGACGAGGCCACUGCGGAUAUCGCCAUGGCCCUGCUUCUGGCGUCGGCGCGGAAGGUCGUUGAGGGUCACCAAAUAGCCACUGACCCCAAGACCACCCAUAUAAUGCAGUGCCCGAUGGGAGAAGAAGUCUCAGGGGCCACUCUGGGCAUCGUUGGGAUGGGAAACAUCGGUUACAAAAUUGCUCAACGGAGCAAAGGAUUUGACAUGAGGAUCCUGUACCACAACCGGAGCAGAAGGAGUGUUGAGGACGAGCAAGCGGUGGGCGCGAGUUACUGUCAGAAAAUAGACGACCUGCUAAAACAGUCAGACUUUGUGGUACUGGCGGUCAACCUGACCCCUGAGACCACUGGUCUGAUCAGCCACAGGGAGCUGUCGCUGAUGAGAUCCACAGCCACGCUGGUCAACAUCAGCAGGGGCCUGGUCGUGGAACAGGACGCACUGGUUACGGCUCUGCGGUCUGGGAAGAUUCGAGCAGCUGCGUUAGACGUGACUCACCCUGAACCUUUACCAAGGGAUCAUCCUCUACUUGGUCUUCCCAACGUGCUGAUCACCCCCCAUGUGGGCACCAACACCUACACAACAACCAGAAAGAUGAUGCAGAAGAUGGUACAAAAUGCUCUGGCUGCAGUGACAGGCCAACCUAUCCCCAAUGAAGUCAAGCCAUAAUCACUGACAGUGCAGUAUUUGUCUUGAGUGUGAGGAACUGAAUUUGUUGCAAUAAGUGUCUCUACAAAGGUAAAGAUAACAAAAGCGCUUUUACAGUAUUUCCUCACAAAUUAGUUUUGUACCUGUUCGGUUUUAAGUGUCAGAGUCUGAAGAUGAUCUGCCACAUUCACUGUGAUAAACAUUAAAAUAACUAAUGUACCAAUUAAAACCUCUUUAAUAUGCAAAUGUUGGAUAUGAACUGACAUAAUGAUUUUAGUGUGUAAGUUUGGCCUAAUAACUCUAUUUUGAGUACAUGACUGUUAAAUUGAAAUACAAAUGAUGUAACACAAAAAAAAGAUAAUAAAGCUGCCUUGAAUUUUGAA